AUGUUCACUACCAGUGUUAUUCUUCUCCUUCUGGCCCCAUGUCUCGUUCUCUCCUCGCCUCAGCGAGACUACCCAAUGGACGAUCAGUGGGAAGAGCACAAAGUUCUGGGCCGAGUCAGCUGCAAAAAGGACCAAGCGCUGGUGACGGACACCAAAAUCAGCCUCUGGCUGAAAGCCUGGGACGUUUUCGUCCCCACCUUCCACGAAUGCACGUGAGUUUUGCCUUAUUUUACACUUUCACAUUACAUUUUUCAAAUCAAACAUUUUUUUUCAAAUUACAGUAACCACCCCAAUGGAACCGCCCUCCGCUACACGUUGGUGCACCCCGAUAAGGAUGGAAGAUUCAAAAUCAAAUGCAGUAUUGACAUGUCGGCGCAAGGAAUCACCGCAAAUUACCUUCAACUUUAUCUACAACAUCACUGCAGUGAGAGCGGAGAAUUGGUCGAAAAAUACUACGAUGUGGAUUUCCAAACGCCUUAUUUCAUCAACCAAACUAUUGAGCUCUUUACUGUUGAUUUGGACUAA